UCAAAUACCAAAACAAAAACCAAUAUUUUACUUAUCAGAGUUGUUUCCAGGAGAAAUAGUAGUUACGUGUCCCUUUAAGCGAAAAAAAAUCCAAAUCUGUUUUGACCCAAUUGAUGUUCAUGUCGGCUGUGUCCUUUAACUUCGUGGAAUAACAAAAAUUCGGUUGCAACAAUUCAUGAAUUCAUUACCCCAAUUUGCUUUCUCGCAAAAGGAAGCGACCCUGAUUGGUUUUGUUGCAUGUAAUGGAGAUUUUGGAUUAUGGGCACCCCGCAUAAACCAAAAAGGUCUUACUUUUCUUUUGGGAGAAUUGUCAGAGAAGGUCUCUUGUGCUAAUAGAGCAUUAAAAUCAUUUCCAGGAAGUGUUGAAGCAUAGGAAGCUCUAGAUUCCUCAGCCCCUAUCUUGUUAUUCCUUUUGGCAACAGAUGAGAUGUAAUAUAUGAGUCAUUGUGAUUUAUUGCAGACAGUUUCAUUGAUUUUUAGGGAGUGCUUGAGUUCCAGUGUAUCAGCUUGAUCUUGUAGAGUAAUCAUUGUCCAAUGGAGUCCAAACAAGAAGCAUCAAGUGUUAUUUUAAACUUGAUGGGUCUUGAUAAAGUACCUACCCAACAUCCCGUUAGAGAUAAACAGAAAGUGCUCUCUGAGAAUUACCUGCAGAAAGUUGCCUCUAUUGGUGUCAGAAAGAAGCGUUCAUCUUAUCAGCAUCAUUCCUCUGGAAUGAAUACUAAUGAAAAGGAUGAAUCGGAGGAUGUUUUGAAAGUGGUUAAAGCACUAAGGCGAGGUAAGCAACAUAACCCAUCAAAGGGAAAUGGGAAAGAGAAUCCUAGUUCUUGCAAAAAUUCUCAUUUCCCUGAUGGGCUGCUCCAAGAGAUGUUUUAUCCUAAAAGCAUGAAACCAUAUCCUGAAAUGAGGGAGAGAAAGAAAAUAUCAUAUCACAUGAAUUCUGAUAAGCAGAGUUCAAGGCCUUUGAGUAAAAUUUCAGAGGAGAUUUCUAUGCCAUCGGGAAAUGUUGCAAAUGGAGUUUUAGGUACUGCUUCAAGUUCGUUUUUCAGAGGGAAUGAAGCAUUUUCCAAUGAUAAUAUGCUGAAGCCUGCUUCAAAUAUUUCAGUUAAUGAGAUCCAAUGCAAUUCCCCUUUCCUCUGUUCUGAUACCAGGACCAACACUUUGGCACAGGGGGAUGCGACUGAAAAAUUGCAAGAACUUGGACGGUGUGGUCAAGACUGUAUACAUAACCAGUUGCCUAUGAUUUCUGAACAUGGAAAUAGAGCAGGAAAUUUGAAUCGUCGAAGUGGUUAUAGCUAUGAUAAAAUUAUAAGGAACAUUAGAUUCAAGGCUGGUGUUAACUAUAGCUUUUCCAGAAGAGUGGCAAUACCUCUUUGUACAGCUUCAGUUAUUGCUGAUAACUGUGGAACUAUGAAUCAGGAUAUCUUGUUUCAGAGAUAUUGGGGUUUGAGAAAGAAUGCAUCUGCAAAUCGAUUAUCAUGGAAGUCAAAGAAUCAAAAUAUUAACCAGAAAGAAUGUUUGGAAGAUGUGAACCUCAGUCCUGGCCAUGAGAAAUUCCCUUCUCUUUCCUCUUAUUUCAAUAGUAAUCACACUGAAGAGAAUUCUACAGGCCAUACAUCAGAGAAGAGACGUUAUGGGAGCAAUUUGUCUGAUAAGGUAACUAUGCCUCCUCAAUUGUCAAGUUCUAGUCCUUCUUCCGCCUUGAUAGACUGUCAGAUCUUGCAAGAGAGAUGCUCAGCAAAUGAUGAAGUGAGGAACAAAACAUAUGAAGACAGCAGUAUGUCUAAGCAACAUGUUGUGUCUCCUGAUUCAUCAGUUGAAUUCUUGGCAUCUGAUGCAACAAAUGAGGUUGUUGGCAGGUCACAUAAUAAUCCAACCAAGCGUCAAUACAAGUCAGCAGCCUUCAUUUUGUCACAAGAAAUUGAUUCUCUGAGUCACACAUAUGCUUCAAAGAAACAGUUACAGGAUACAUCAGACUUUCAAGAAGAUUCCGUUCAUUCACUUUGCUCUGAGGCUGAUCCAGAUUCCAUAGGUAGCUUUGAGGAGGCAUACGAACCUAGUCCAAUUUCAGUUUUGGAUCCCUUAUUUGGUGAAGACAGCUCUAAAUGUGGCAAUCAUGUAUAUGAUUCCUCUGAAGUGGAUGAUGAAGAAUAUGGUUUGAAUGUUUCAAGUGAUGAAGAUUGUGAGAAUGAAUCUGUAGGUGACUCCGAAGAAAAGAAAGAUGUAGCAGGAUUAUUUAGAGCUGAAGAAAGUAGGGAUUUCUCGUAUAUUGUUGAGGUCUUAACCGAGGCAGGUAUAAGUAAUAGGAGCUUGUUUACAGACUUUUCAACAUGGCACUCUGCAGAAUGUCCUAUUAGCCCUUCUGUCUUCAAAAUCCUGGAAAAAAAAUUUGGCGAGCAGCAACUUUGGAAGAGAUCUGAAAGGAAACUUCUCUUUGAUUGCAUUAACCUAGGGCUGCUAGAGAUUCUGCAGCCAUAUUUGUACAUCCCGGUGUGGGAAAAGCCCAUGUCAAGAAGGUUGAAUACUGAACCAAGCCAGGACAUGAUUGAGGAGGAGAUGUGGGGGUUGCUUGUUGCACAGGAAAAGAAAGCUAGUAAAGGGUUAGCAGACAGUAUGCUCGAAGGGGAGAUUAGGUGGAUAGAACUAGUUGAAGAUGUUGAAGAUAUUGUUAGAGAGAUAGUGAAGUUGUUAAUAGAGGAGCUCACAAACGAGAUAGUUAGCUUGGAGAAUUUUUGAAAGAUUGUAGUUUUGUGUGCGACUAUAGCAUUUUUUAUGUUACAAGCAAUUGGUGUACAGCUUGAUUGAGUCGAUUUUGGGAGGUUGGUUUUUGAGUCAAUUUUUGAGAGUUUGAAUUAGGACAUAGGCAUUUCAAGAGUUUGAAAUAGCAUAUAGGUAUAGUAGGUUCACUAUUCUUUCAUGUGGGGCAAAUAUUGUAUUUCAUUUGUAUCCAAAAUAGAAGAAUCUGCUUGUUGAUUUGUUGUAUUUGCUGUGAUGAUUUUAUGCAUCUCAUUGCAUUUGAAGCAAACUUCAUUUGUAUUUUAGAAUGCAGAUGUCUUACAAUUUUUAUU